CAAAGCCUCCUCGGAGGCUCGUAGUUCACGUAUGUUCCAGUCAGAAUACGGAGAGCACUUCACCAUCACCACCUCCAGCCAAUGGGUGCAAGAGGCAGAGUGGACUGAGUGGUUUGACAGAGAUGAUGAGAGGCCCAGGAGACUGGGAGAAGCUGUCUGACCUCCACAAGGCUUACCCUGACCGCCUGUAGCGCCCCCAUGGACAUACAGGCUGAGUCCCAUGAUGGUGUGCCAUCUAACGAGACAGGUGAUGUCAUCUAUAAGUCUGACAGGGACUACGGCUUCGUCUGUCUCAACAAGGACCAGAGCCACGGCCUCUGCCACAACUACCGAGUACGCUUCCUCUGCGGUAAACUAGUGCGUCCCCAGGCCUCCAUCUCUAUAGUGCAUCUGUCCAACAGCACUGUCCUGGAGUUAGCUGAGCCAGCUGAAGGCUGGGGCCCAGGAGACAGACUGGUGCUGGCCAGUACUGACUACUCUAUGCACCAGGCUGAGGAGUUCACCAUACUACCCUGCCCUGCCUGUGGGCCCACACAGGUUAAAGUCCAAGGUAAGCCAGUGUUCCUCCACAUGGGUGAGGAGGUGGAUGGGGUGGACAUGAGGGCAGAGGUCGGCCUGCUGAGUCGCAACAUCCUGGUGCGCGGCGAGAUGGAACCUGGUUGCUACGGCAACGAGGCCUGCAAGUUCUUCGCCUUUGACACUUUUGGAGGACACGUGAAGGUAAUUUAAUUAACAUGUCAUUAAUUGUUCGAAUCUACCCCUCCAAUCUAUCUAUUUAUCCCUCUAUCUACACCUUUACUUCAUUCAUCCAUCCACCCAUUCAUCCUCUCUUCAUCCUUCCAUAAACCCCUACAUCUUCUCUUUAUCCUUCCAUAAACCCCUACAUCUUCUCUUCAUCCUUCCAUAAACCCCUACAUCUUCUCUUCAUCCUUCCAUAAACCCCUACAUCUUCUCUUUAUCCUUCCAUAAACCCCUACAUCUUCUCUUCAUCCUUCCAUAAACCCCUACAUCUUCUCUUCAUCCUUCCAUAAACCCCUACAUCCUCUCUU